AAAAACAAAAUGAAGAGGCUAUGUUUGCUAUCAUCAUCAAAUCCACCACUCCUUCCGGAUUUACUUUAAACACUAAAGGAUUUCUUUGAAACCAUGUGAUGCCCUGCUCUAUGGAGAUGUAUAAAACAGCUCCCCCCAUCUAUUCGGGAGUCGGAAGAGGUAGAGGACAGAAGGACGCAAUACAUCAGCAUACCAGAGCUCUCCUAUUUAGUGUUUGUGCCCAUGGCCUCUCCGUUCUCUACCAUGGCUCUAUGCCAGAGCGUCAGGAAGAUCAUGUGUUCCGGUCCUGCUUCAUGUCCCAUCAACCUGGCUGAUUUUUUGGAAGAUAAGGACCAUAACGAGCUGUUUGAGACUAUGAAGAAGGGCCUCCCCCCCACAACCACACCUCACCAUGUUGCCAUCGUUGGAGCCGGCAUGGCUGGCCUGACAGCCGCCAAGUUACUUAAAGAUGCAAGACAUGAGGUAACCAUAUUAGAGGCCAGUGGGAGAGUUGGAGGACGGGUGGAGACCUACAGGAAUGAUGAAGAGGGCUGGUAUGCUGAUCUGGGGGCCAUGAGGAUACCAAACUUUCACCGUAUCGCCCUCUGGCUUGCUAAGGAACUGAACCUCACACUCAGUGAAUUUGUUAUGGAUGACGACAAAACCUAUUACCUGGUGAAUGGAGGACCACCACGGAAGACAUCUGAGGUAAAAGACGACCCAAACAUCCUGAAAUACGACCUGUCACCAGAAGAGAUGAAUAAAACCGCUGAUGAACUGCUACAGCAGGCAUUACAGACGGUAAAAGAUAAGGUGAGUGCAAAUGGCUGGAGAGCUGCAGUGGAAGAAUUUGACCACUAUUCUGUGAAGGAGUAUUUGAAAGAAGUGGGUGGACUAAGUCCUGGGGCCAUUAGGAUGAUUGGAGACCUGCUCAACGAGCAGAGCCUUAUGUACACAGCACUGAGUGAGAUGAUCUAUGACCAGUCCGACAUCGCAGAUGACAUCAAGUACUAUGAAGUGGUAGGUGGGGCGGACCUUCUUCCCAAAGCUUUGGAAGAAUAUCUUCAUGAAUCCAUUCGCCUGAACUCCAAGGUCAAACGUAUCAGUCAAUCAGAUGAUGGAGUCAUUGUCUCAUAUCAGAAAGAUCAGCAGUCUACACUCACUGACCUUCAAGCCGAUUUUGUCCUUGUCACAACCACAACCAAAGCAGCCCUUUUCAUGGACUUCGAUCCACCUCUGUCCAUCCCAAAGAUGGAGGCCCUGAGGACAGUCCACUAUGACAGCUCGACUAAAAUCAUCCUUACCUUCAGCGAGAAGUUCUGGGAGAAGAACGACGGCAUCCAUGGAGGUAAGAGCAUCACAGACCGACCCUCUCGUUACAUCUAUUACCCCAGCCACAGUUUCCCAAGAAACGACAAGAUCGGCGUCCUCCUGGCUUCCUACACCUGGUCUGAUGAGUCUCUCCUCUUCCUGGCCGCGAGCGAUGAGGACAUCAAAGAGUUGGUCCUGAGAGAUUUGGCGCAGAUCCACGGCGACUACGUAAGGUCUCUCUGCACCGGCGUGGUGGUGAAACGCUGGAGUGCAGAUCCUUACAGCAUGGGCGCCUUCGCUCUGUUCACGCCGUACCAACACCUGGAGUACGCCGAGGAGCUCUUCCGGAGCGAAGGCAGGGUGCACUUUGCCGGGGAGCACACGACCCUCCCUCACGCCUGGAUUGAGUCAGCGAUGAAAUCGGCAAUCAGGGCGGCGAAGAACAUCAGCCAAGCGGAGCAGAAAGACAAGUCAGGUGAAGGUGCGAAAUGAACAAACAUGUCACACUAGAUAUAUUUCCAAUGCCCAUAGUCCAGAAGGUAACAUUUUAGUUCCGUCUUGUCUCGUUAACGAAAACAAAUAUAGCCUAUUUUUCAUCACAGUUUCGUUAUCAAAUAUAUAUCUCGUCUUAGUCAUGGAAAAAAAGGUUGUUAGCAAACAUAUUUUGUCUUAUCAGUAACACCUUAGUAACUACAUUAUCUGUUUUAUCUAUACACUAGUGCAGUGCCCGUUCAAACAUGCUAGUCCUGUAGAAAACCUGUAGACCCAUUACAUGCCUGCAGGAACGCUUAAAAAAAAUAUAGGAUGAUAGGGGAAAACUUCAUUCCAGC